AUGGAGGGGGUGUCCAGCAUCCCCUGUGAAAGCUUUGAGGCCGACGUGUUUUCCACGAGCCGGCGCCGGAACUGUUUCCAGGCCCAGGAGGCUCACAAGCCCAGAAGCAGGAGCCCAGACCUCGACUCCUCUUUCCCAAUUCAUGGCCGGCAAGCUUGGCUAGUGGUAGCCAUGAUCCGAGGGGCCCUGAACCUGCUCUCUACCUGCGGGGCCUUGACUCCUUUCCCCCAGCCUCGGGCGGGCAGUCCACUUCCCUGCUGCCGCCUCCCGCUGGAUUGCAGCCCACUGAGCCGACUUCUCUCUCAGGACUGGGACGCGGUCAAGUUGCCGGAUCCGGUUCCAGGUCUGGACGGCCUCACGAUGAUGUUUGUGCAGCAGCAGGAGGAGCAGGAUGUUCCCUGGGCCUCCUUCCCUCUCCGCCCUAUCCCACGGGAUACCCCUCGUGCUUCCUCUCCCUCCCGCCUCACCCAGAGGGACACCCCCCGCACCUCUCCCUCCCGCCUCACCCAGAGGGACACCCCCCGCACCUCUCCCUCCCGCCUCACCCAGAGGGACACCCCCCGCACCUCUCCCUCCCGCCUCACCCAGAGGGACACCCCUCGCGCCUCCUCUCCCUCCCGCCUUACCCAGAGGGAUACCGUCCGCACCUCCUCUCCCUCCCGCCUCACCCAGAGGGACACCCCUCGCGCCUCCUCUCCCUCCCACCUCACCCAGAGGGACACCCCCCGCGCCUCCUCUCCCUCUCGCCUCACCCAGCGGGACACCCCCCACAUCGCUCCCUCCCGCUCCACCCAUCGAGCACCCCUGGGAGCCUCCUUGCCCCCAAUGUGCAUCGGGCACCGGGAUGCUCCCCAGGCCUUCUCUCCCCCCCGCUCCCCUCCGCGAGACACCUCCCCGCCAUCCUGGGGUCCUGCGGGCGCCGGUGCCGGACGCCAGUCUCCCAGGACGCGGGGGUCCGGGGAGGGCAGGCACCACCUGGAGCGGCAGGAGUACACGGUGCUGGCAGACCUGCCCCCGCCCAAGCGGAUCGGCCAGAGGGAAGCUCUGCGCCAGCAGCCUGGAAGCGCCCGGACCCGCAGUCCCGGGCGGGCGGAAGUGGAGCGACUGUUUGGGUGUGAGCGCAGGAAGUCAGAGACGUUGGAAGCGUUCCAGGCCUUGGAAGAGGGGAGGCUACCGAGACUCGGGGGCCGGGGGUCAUCCGACCGGCCCCUGCGCCGACAGUCCAGCCCAGCCCUGUAUCGGGAGGGCGGUAUGAAGUCAGAAGAACCCUGGCAGAGCCACAGAGAAGGAUCCCACCUCAAGAGUCGAGAGAGGCACCCUGAGACUAGUUGGCAAGGCAGAAGGGACUCCCCACCUGCCAGGAGUCCAGCGAAACCUGUGGAGAAAGAGUGGAGAGGGCAGGGGCAGCUGCCGCGGAGACCCCCAGAGGGUGACUGGGGGAGAAGGCGGAGAGCACACUCGGGCCCCGGGAGCCAAGCGGAGCCAGCGGGGAGGAAGGGGCCAGGCUGGGAGGAGAUCUGCCAACCCCGGGCUCCGCGGAGACUCCCGGAGAAGGAGUGGCCGGGCCGAGAGGAGCCCCGCUGUCCCCGGCCUUCCGAGCGACCGGUAGAAAAUGGCUGGAGGGGCCUGGAGGAGCUCUCCUGCCCCCGGGCUCCAGAGAGAUACCCAGAGAGGGAAUGGAGGAGCCACGACCGCGAGCUCUCCUGGGAGGGGAGCCGAGAAGGAGCCCCAGGGGGAGACCGGAGAGGCCUGGGUGAGACCUUGGGCUGCGAAAGACUCGAAAGGCCCAAGCGGAGGGAGAACUUGGAGAGCUUGAGGGGACGGCACCGUCCCAGGAGCCCCGAAUGGGACUACGGUGGUUUGGAGGGGGUGCCCCUUCAGGGUUCCCCAGAGACGACGGGUUGGGGGGGCCUGGCAGAGUGUGAUCUUCCCAGGAGUCCGAGGAGACAGCCAGAGCCAGCAGAAUGGGGAGAGCCCUCCCAUCCCAGCAGACCCAGGAAGCACCCAGAGGCAGCAGAACGGGGAGAGCCCUCUCAUCUCAGCAGUUCAGAGAGAGCCGCAGAGCGGAUGGACUGGCGAGGCCCGGAGGAGCCCUGCUACCCUGGCAGCCCGGGGGAAGGCACCGAGGGAGAUUUGGAGGAACACCUGCCAAAGCUUGUGGAGGGACACUGGAUAGGGGGAGGGCACGCCCUGCCACCCAAGAGCCCAGAGGGCCCCUCAGAGGGAAAGUGGCAGGGGCUCAGGGAGCCUUCAGGGCCGAUAAGCCAGGGAGAGCGACCCAAGGACGAUCGUCAGAGCUCGGUUGAGUCAGAGAGUCGGCAAAAUCCAAGGGAGGCUCUGGGCCCACAGGGCCCCACCCCCCUGGUGAAGAAAGACGGGGCAGAUCUGGAUCAGCCUCCCCGCUCCGCCCGCUCCGUUCAGUGGCCAAAGACCAACCGGAAGAGUUGCCUGGAGGCCUUGGAGCUGCCCGAUCCAGACAGGAUUGUACCGACGAGCAAUGGAGACCUUUCACCCAUCCAAGACUCCACCGAGGUGCCCCAACCAGACGGUGGUGCCAUGCAACAGAUGGGGGACUCGGUGACUCACGUGACCGCCACUGGGAAGCCAGACACGGCAGACCAGAGCCCAACCUGGGGACAGGCUGGGAGCCCGACCAAGGGAAGACGGGUGGCCGCGUGGCGGAAACCGGGGGACCAGACGGCGCUGUUUAACCCGUUCCUGUUGUCUUUGGGGCUCCUAAAGUGGCGCAGGCCAGACCUCCUCAACUUCAAGAAAGGAUGGAUGUCCAUUCUGGAUGAGCCCGGGGAGUGGAAGAAACACUGGUUCGUGCUCACCGACUCAAGCCUGAAAUAUUACCGGGACUCGAACGCAGAAGAGGCGGAUGAGCUGGACGGCGAGAUUGACCUGCGCUCCUGCACGGAUGUGACCGAGUUUGCGGUGCAGCGCAAUUAUGGCUUCAGUCCACGUGAGCGCGGCCCGGAGAGAGGACAGCCUGGGUUGACCCGUGGGACCAAGGGUGCCGUCUUCACCCUGUCAGCCAUGACCUCGGGCAUCCGGCGGAACUGGAUCGAGGCUUUGAGGAAGACGGUUCGGCCUGCAAACGCCCCGGAUGUCACCAAACUCUCCGACUGCAACAAGGAGAACACCGUCGGCGGCUACGGCUCCCAGAAGGGCCCCCUCAGGGCCGAGGAGCUGCGGUCGGGCCCGGGGGCGGAGGUCAUCGGCCGCGGCAGCCGGAAGGUGGACGGCCAGCGUCAGUCCUUCGACUACGUGGAGCUCUCCCCGCUGAACCAGGGUUCGCCGCAGCGGACCCGGAGGGGCUCCCGCGCCCCCGAGCGAGGGGCCAAGCAGGAGGAGCUGGAGCGGGACCUGGCCCAGCGCUCGGAGGAGCGGCGCAAGUGGUUUGAGGCGACUGACGGUGGGACCGGGGACCCCCCGGCCGGGGAGGCCCCCCGCCGGGGCCUGGGCGCCCCCCUGACGGAGGACCAGCAGAGCCGGUUGAACGACGAGAUCGAGAAGAAGUGGCUAGAGCUGGAGCAGCUGCCCUUGCGCCAGUCGAAGCGCGUGCCCCUCACGGCUCUGCCGAACCAGGGCAAGGGGGCACGGAGGAGCAGCCCGGCGGGGGGCACCAACGAGGCCCUGGCCAAAGAGGUCCAGUCCCUGAAGGCCCAGCUAGAGUCCUUGCGCCUCCAUGGGGAGGGUCACCGGGACCCCCCGAAAACCCCCGGUGACAACAGCGUCCCUCGGGGCUACAUCUCACAGGAGGCCUGUGAGCGCAGCCUGGCCGAGAUGGAGUCCUCCCACCAGCAGGUCAUGGCGGAGUUGCAGCGCCACCAUCAGCGAGAGCUGCAGCGACUGCAAGAGGAGAAGGACUGGCUCCUGGCCGAAGAGACGGCCGCCACAGCCGCGGCCAUCGAAGCCAUGAAGAAGGCCUACAAGGAGGAGCUGAGCAAGGAGCUGGGCAAGACGCGGAGUUUCCAGCAGGGCCCGGAAAGCCUGCGGAAGCAGCACCAGACAGACGUGGACUCGCUGAAGCGGGAGCUGCAGGUGCUGUCGGAGCAGUACUCCCAGAAGUGCCUGGAGAUCGGGGAUCUGACCCGCCAGGCGGAGGAGCGGGAGCACGUGCUGAACUGCUGCCAGCGCGAAGGCAAGGAGCUGCUUCGGCAGAACCAGGAGCUGCACACACGCCUGUCGGAAGAGAUCGGCCGCUUACGGGACUUCAUCGCCUCACGGGGCUCGAGCGAGGGGGAUGGGCGAAACAGCGAGAGGAGCUCUUGUGAGCUGGAGGUCCUGCUUCGCGUGAAGGAGAAUGAGUUGCAGUACCUGAAGAAAGAAGUUCAGUGUCUGCGGGAGGAGCUCCAGAUGAUGCAGAAGGAUAAGCGCUUUGCUUCGGGCAAGUACCAGGACGUAUACGUGGAGCUGAACCACAUCAAGACCCGGUCGGAGCGGGAGAUCGAGCAGCUGAAAGAACACUUGCGCCUGGCCAUGGCGGCCCUGCAGGAGAAGGAGACCCUGGGCAACAGCCUGGGCAACUAGAGGUGGGGGUGGCCCCAUUCCUUUCUGGAGUGGGUUCAGAGGAAUCCAGCCAGCCGUCAAGCUUUCUCUCCAUUCCCGAGUGGGCGUGCACGCACCCCCCACCCAAAACACAGACACACACACACGCACACUGUCCUUCUCUGUCUGCAUAACUGAGCGUGCCCUCCGCAUUGGGUCUUAACUUGCACCUUCUUCAGGAUUUUAUAUGUGAAAAGAUUUUUAUAGAGGUUUUUUGCGGGGAAAGGGAGGGGUUCAUCCCUCCCUCCCCAACAUACUUUACACUUUUUUAUACUGAAGUCUGCAGCCGAGCAGAAACGCAGGGUCCCCCUGCCCCGACCCUCCUUUCGGGGUCUCCCGACCACUCUCUCCAGCAUCGUACCCGCCUAAGGAGGGAGGGAGGGGCCGGGCCCAGCCGGGCCCUCACGCUGUCGCCAGCUCCUUGCCGCGGGCCGACCGCCCGAGCUGAGCCUGCUGCCCGAUCCCGCCCAGGGGGGAGGACAGGGAGGAUGAGCAAAACCGCUACAACCAAACGAUGAAGGCGGGGGGGCUUUUUCCUCCCCCCCGCAUGGAGAAACCGUUCCUAAUAAAAUGCUGCAGGGGCA